GAGAGCGUCCGUCACAUGACGCUGCGUCUGGCUACUGUCAUGCUGCUAUAAAUCCACCUCUGUAUAUUUAGUCGCUCCUUCUCUUCCCCUCCGCGCUAAGCUGCUGUCUACAGGUCCGGGCUACAGGGUAGCUUCGACUGAGUCAUGGCGGAUCAGGCUUUUGUGACGUUAGCAACCAAUGACAGCUAUGCUCGGGGUGCCAUGGUUUUGGGCAAGUCUCUCCUUAACCACAAUACAUCCAAGAAGCUGGUGGCCCUCAUCGGCCCGCAAGUGUCAGAGCCUUGCCGGUCUGUGCUCAAGAGGAUUUAUGACGAGGUGAAGGUGGUGGAUGUGCUGGACAGCGGCGACACGGCACACCUGGCCAUGAUGAAGAGGCCUGAUCUGGGCGUCACCUUCACCAAGCUCCACUGCUGGACCCUUACCCAGUACUCUAAAUGUGUUUUCAUGGAUGCAGACACUCUGGUGCUUUCAAAUAUAGAUGAGUUGUUUGACCGAGAGGAAUUGUCAGCUGCCCCCGACCCUGGUUGGCCCGACUGCUUCAACUCCGGUGUGUUUGUUUUUUGCCCUUCCAUGGAGACUUACGGCAAACUGCUUCAGUAUUGUACGGAACACGGCAGCUUUGACGCUUCUCAACGCUCUCCAACGAGGCAAAGAAACAACAACAGAGGAGACCAAGGUGUUUUGAAUGGCUACUUUAGCAACUGGGCGACAGCUGACAUAUCCAAACACCUCCCCUUCAUUUACAACCUCAGCAGCAUAGCCAUCUACACUUACCUUCCAGCAUUCAAGAAAUAUGGUGGAAAUGCUAAGGUGGUCCAUUUCCUCGGGAAGACCAAGCCAUGGAGCUACACCUUCGACCCCAAAUCCAAACAGGUUUCAGGGAGAGCGCAGGACUCCACACAUCCCACCUUCCUGGUCGACUGGUGGACCCUGUACUCCUCCUCUGUGGUGCCCAUGAUGCAGGAGCAGUACGGAGACAAGCCUUUUGUGUCCGGAUGCGUAGAGUCUGUUAAGUUGCAGGUCAGUGACGAGGUCACUUUUGAAAGUGGACAGGUCGAAAGCAGCCCUUCACCUCCUCAGGAACUCCAGCCCACGAUGUCCUCAGAAGAGCGGAAGCAGAAAUGGGAGCAAGGUCAGGCGGACUACAUGGGAGUGGACUCGUUUGACAAUAUACAGAGAAAGCUUGAUUCGUUUCUCAAAUAGAGGAGGAGGAUGUGAAAAGAGCACUUGCGGUUUAACAAACUGUCACCACAGGUCUUUCGAGAGAAUACUGUCAAUCAGGUUGCAGUUUUCCCCCUUUACCUGUUUCUCAACUAGAGAUGAGCCAAGCCUCUCCCUCUACCAGCAUUACCCCUCCAUACUCCAAAGACAAAUUUAAUACGAAAAAAAAAAAAAGUAAAAUGCAAUGAACAGGUUUUAAUGGUCUGUGCAACAUUAUUCAGUCUGUCCUGCCACGGUUAUUAAAUCUUUUUGUCUUUUCUUCAAUGCUCUUUUUUGUAAAAAGGAGAUGGAAACGAGUUCAACUGGCCCUUUUGUAUUAGUGUGACUAAGAUUUGCACUUACGUGUACAUUCUUCUUCUUUUCUUUUUUACUAUGCAGUCACCUAGGAAUCUUCUUAAUGUUUUCUUUUCUCAAAGUUUCUCUAGUUUUUGAACUGAAACAACCUCUGUUUAACAUAAAUAUAUAUAUAUAUAUAUAUACAAACAUGUUUACAGCACUACUAAAUGCCACAUUAGGGUCCUUUAGCCUUUAGCCAUGUAUGCAGUAGAUCCUCAGUGCCUUAGUGUUUUCUUGCUCGCCCACCCUCUGCUGCCAUCAUCCUAUCACUUCUUGACCAGCAGCUUUUCUGUAGGUGACUUUUCACUCUACUGUAUUUUACUUGAGCAGGAUGUUGGCUGUACCAUGAAAUCUGGAAACAUUAAAAGUGUCAUGAAACGUU